AUGUCACAUGGCGUUUUUUCAGACUACGGAAAGAUUUCUUUGCUGUGCGCGCUGCUGGUGCUCCUGCGGCAGCCCGUGACGCGCUGUGACUUCACACCCGGGCUGCAGGAGGACGCCGCCGCUCCGCGCCGCCCUCGCAACCGCCUCGCCUCACUCUCUCUGCGGGCUCCUGCGCGGCCGAAACCCGGGGGGAUGGACAGCACGGCCGCGUACGGCGCCAGGAAGGCCGGGAGCGUCGCCUUCGAUCCGGUCGCCUUCCUCACGCAUCCGCGCACCAUCCUCAGGCUGCUGUCGUGGGUUUUCUCCAUUGUGGUGUUCAGCUGCAUUGUGAAUGAGGGCUACAUCAACAUCGGUAGUGAGCGUUUACUCUGCAUCUUCAACAACAACGCCGACGCCUGUAACUACGGCAUUACCAUUGGUGUGGCGUGUUUCCUCGGCAGCAUUUGUUUCCUGAUUAUGGACGUUUACUUUCCUUCCAUGAGCAACGUUAAGGACAGAAGACGUGCCGUGCUGCUGGACCUCGUCUUCUCUGGUCUGGCCUGUUUCCUGUGGUUCGUUGGCUUCUGUUUUCUGGCCAAUCAGUGGCAGGCAACAUCCUCAGAUGAGCUACCAUUGGCCCAGGGCUCAGAUGCUGCCAGAGCAACCAUCGCGUUCUGCUUCUUCUCCAUCCUCACCUGGAGUUAUCAGAGUCUGUUGGCCAUGAACUCAUAUAAGAGCAUUUCCUUCACGGAGGUUGAGCAGAGGCUGCUGCCCACAACUCCUCCUGCCCUCUGUCUAGCUGUGCUGACACUGAGUGCGCUUCGACGCUUCUUAACCGGCAGCAACACGAACUUAUUCACUUGGCAACACCUGGACACAGCUCCAAGCAAUGCUCUAGCUACACCGUACCCCAUCCCAAAUGGUGCUACCAUAGUUACCACCAAUCCCUAUCAAGCACCACGAUUCACCGAAACCCUGGACCCCCAGAAACUCAUACAGCAGAGACCCAUGGCUCCUGCCUUCUAGAGACUCAUGGGAAGGAAAAGGAGACGUGAGCUGAACGCCUGCACGUGGCAGGCACGGACAACUUCCUGCUUUCCCGUGUGCUGGGUUUCCAUCCUCUCCUGGGAUUGGCAGGUUUCUGGGUCUGAGCGUCUGAUCUCUGUUCACCAUGGCUGAGCUUAGUUAAUUGUUACUCUAUAUGUCAAGAAUACUGUCGUCUAUUGAUGCACACACACAAAUAUAUAAUGAUGCACACAAAUUCAGCUGUCCUAACUCACGUCGGAGGUACACACUCUUACACACUCUUCACACCACGGCCGCAUGUUCAUAUGGUGAAGUGCAGGUUAACAUAGAUUUAGAUCAGCAAUGAAGUUCCCUCUGCAGUAUGAAGGGACCCGGUGGGACUGAAAUGUAAAACAGUGAUGCUUUGUAGCACAGUUUAUCUGUUUUUGUCUUGCCUCAAAUCUCACUGACCAAACACAAGCUGCCAUAGAGACGCAUGGUCUCUCAUUGGCUGAAAUUCAGCCAGCUUGACCAAUAGAUUGUGAGCAAAGGAAGAAGAGGCUGAACCAGCAAAGAUGCUACAUUUUUCUAUUAGGGGUAUAAAGGCAGGGAUGCUUUAAAUGCACUCCGGAGGCAAUAGAGUGUCAGUGUGAAAUAUUCAUGUUUGUUAAUAUUUUAUUGUAGUAUGCUGGAGUGGUAAAAAUAAAAUAAAAAGCUUCUCACCAUAACCAUGAUCAAGACUCUGGGUCUACAUUUGUUCAUUU